AGCCUGCAGGGCUAUCAAGCCUCAUAUGGGGAUUCGCAAAUUACCCACAAAUAAUGUAGCUAGUUAUUUACCUUUCAAUUCAUUGCAUUUUCGCGCAAUUUGGGUAAUCGUUUCUCCUGUUGUCAUCAUGCACAAGGCCCACGGCCACACAAAACACAUCCACAGCUGUGCGGAAAUGACACAGCAGGCGCGCGCCCAAUCACGUCACGCGAGACGGCACAGACAAGAAAAAAAGAGGAGAGAAACACGAACAACAGUUAUCCGUGUGUGAAAUUCCCACGACAUUCUCGGAAGAUAUGUUAACCCAAUCUUCAAUGACUGCAAAGGACUGCAUGAAAUCGUAAAGGAUAUGAAUUCCUCUGACCAUGGGGAAAACUCGGAUGGAGAAAAGCUCGAGAGAGAGAGAGAACCCAUUCAAGGCAUCAAGUUGGAGACGGAUGACUGUGCUAUUAGUGAGACAACUGAAGGACCACGAAAAUGGUCCCUUGGAACUAGUGAGGCCACCAGCAAACGUACUGCCAUGGACAUGGGCUGUGACGCUCACAAUUCUGAAUUGGACCAGUCUACCAGCAGCAAGAGAGUCAGGGUCUCUAGUGAGGCCGGGCGGCGCUUGCUGAGGAGAUUGUCUGAAGAGUCCACGAGGCCUCAACCCCUUUGCCUGACAUCUGCUGACCAGGAGAAGACUAUAGCCUCUUACAGGAAGCCUCUCUACAGCAUCUCUCACAGAAUCACAGAGAAGAAGCUCACAUCAAGCCUUGACCAGCAUGCUCAGCAUGAGGGAGGAGUGCGGCUAAGCUACAGCAGCCUCUUAUCCCCUCAACUGGUCAAUACAGGGGAGCACAGCCGAAGUGAACCCCUCUCUGCCCUGGGUGCGGCAGGGUCCAUGUCUUCAACAGACUCUAAUCUAUACUCCCUCAUUGAGAAGAUGUUUUUCAUCCUUAAUACGCUCAACUCAAGCAUGACCCAACUGCACAGCAAAGUUGAUCUACUUUCCCUGGAGGUCACUCGCAUCAAGAAACAGAUCAAACCCUCGGAGAUGGCGACUGAGUUCCAGCCUCCGCCAGAAUACCUGUUGACAAAUGAGGAGCUGAGUCAGCUGAUGGAGCAGACAUCAAAUGCUGGCGAGUUGGGUUGUCGACUGCUGGUACACCUCUUCCCAGAACUUCUUAAAGCCAAUGAGUGCACUCGUGGUUGCAUCAUCAACAAGAGAACGUUGGAUUCCUUACAUCUGCAGCUAAUACGCAACUAUGUGGAGGUGUGCUUUCCUCUGGUUAAGAACAACAACAUUUGGCAGGAUGAAUGCCUAUUACAGAUUAAUGACUUCUUUAACCGCUUCUGGGCCCAGAAGGAUAUGGAGAGUGGCCAACAGUCAUGUGGGAAACAGACUAUUACAAGCUUUGGUUUCAAAGCUGAGCAGAACCAGCCCUGCCAUUUUAUAAAUGAGGAGGGACAAGAAGUGCACCUUGACUUAGAUUCCAAUGGUGACCACACCAACAACAACAAAGUAGUGCCAGACCUUGUGUUUGACACUCAGGAGGUUGGAGAGGAUCUUGAUGAGCUUUCUUCCCCUGAAGACUUUGUUAUGUUUCUUGUAAACCGACUUUUCCCUGAGGUUUUUGAGGAGGGGAAAUUUCCAGAGGGUAGUGUGGGAAAGAUGAUCUUGGACUCGGACAGGAUAGAAAUUAUCCGUAAAUACAUGGAAGCAAAUUUUCCUGAUGUCUCAGAGGAUAGUUGGCUGCAGGUGUGUGUGCAGCGCAUAGAAGACGCAAUAGAGGGUUCUCACAGUAACGGCAAUGGCAGCGAUCCUGAGAACAUGAACGAUGAAAGCUAUGACUCCACAAGCCUCCCUGACGAUGUCUCUAUCAUCAAGAUCAGUGACUUGUGUGACUACGAGAGACCAGGUCGUAGGUCAAAAAAGUCCUUGCUUGUGCCAGUCGAUUUUGAACAACUUGAGAUGCCCCUACCAGAGUUCAGUGUGCCUCAAGAGUAUCUGCUCUCCAGGGAGCAGCUGAGGAACAACUAUGACUGUAGCUUGUCAAUUGGAAAUUUUGCCUCUCGCUUGUUGGUACUUAUGUUCCCUGAGCUCUUCACCUAUGACAACGCACGGAAGCAUUACAACUGUAGUGGCUCUCUCGGGAAGAAGCAGCUUGAUCCUGUACGGGUCGACCUUAUUCGCCACUACGUACAGCUACUAUAUCCACGGGCCAAGAAUGACAGAGUGUGGACCCUGGAAUUUGUGGGUAAACUGGACGAGCGGUGCAGGCGUCGAGACACGGAACAACGGCGGUCGUACCAGCAGCAACGCAAAGUCUACGCUCCUGAGUUGGAGCAAGAGCCUGUGGACUUUGUGGCUGCUUGCCAAGUGAACCAGCUCAACACAGAGCGCUUGAAGGACUUCGAAAUUCCUCCACUACCGCCCGAAAAAAGUAGCAAAGACUUCUGCAAGAUCCCCCUGGAGAAAUUGACGGUGUCGAUCCCGGACUUCCCCGUGCCUUCGGUCUACUGGCUCUCAGACACUGAGGUGCGAGAGAUUGUCCAGCAGAGCCUUUCUGUGGGAAACUUUGCUGCCCGCCUACUGGUGCGCCUCUUCCCUGAGCUCUUCACACAGGAGAACCUGCGGCUUCAGUAUAACCACUCGGGCGCCUGCAAUAAGAAGCAGCUGGAUCCUGUGCGUCUCAGGCUCAUCCGCCACUAUGUAGAGGCCGUAUAUCCAGUUGAGAAGAUGGAGGAGGUCUGGCAUUACGAAUGCGUGCCAAGCAUAGAUGAGCGAUGCCGGCGGCCCAACCGUAAGAAGUGUGACAUACUGAAGAAGGCCAAGAGAUCAAAUACUGUGUCCUAGUCAAAGCUGAAGGCAACACUUACUUUUUUUAUUCUAAAUAUUUACACAAGUACAUAAGCUGAAUAGCAUAGUGAAGCCUUUGCACACGGUCCUGUGUAGGAUAAGGCCAACUCUUAAAGGCUUUUCAUCAGUACUCUUAAUGGAUGUAUUUGUAAUAUCGAACUACAGCAUUAGACGGUGUAGUUUUUCAUCGAUGACGUUUGAGAUGAAAUCAUGAGAUGAUAGACUAAGUUUCAAUGUACAAAAACGAUACUGUAAUAGCUAAUCUAACUUACCCUGUAGAUAAGCUGUUGUAGCCUUAAAAACAAUAAACAUGUAAAUAUUACAAAGACAGUAGAUCAGUCAAAGAUGGAUAGAAAUUGUGAUAUUAUUUUGUUCCAACGCACAUGUUGUAGCAUUAUGGCACCACUGGUCUUUUAUAAAAUGUUAUGUUAUACCUUCUUAUAGAAGUUUGUACUAUAAAUCUGUAUUAAACCAUAGCAACAGGUCAUGUUAACCCAUUUGUAAUAAAAUCAGUCCAAUUUAGCAUUUCACUUUAUUAGCAUUUAGCUAAUUAAAUACUUAUCCCACCCA